AUGAUCCUGAUCAUUGUCUCUGUCUACUCAUUUCUCGGAAACAGCUCUCUGACCGGGCCCUCGGUUUACAUCAGUAUUUACAGCGAGGAAUUUGGAAUCUCGCAAGCUGAGGCAUCGGGGUUGAUUUCGUAUCCAAAUCUGGCUUUUGGAUUUGGAUCGCUUAUUUUGGUGCCACUUUACUUGAAGAUUGGCAGACGACCUGUUACACUGUUGUCUAUGAUCACGUUCCUCGCGGGUUUAAUUGGUGCCUCUCGCUCGACGAGCUAUACAGGGCUGAUGGUUGCACGCGUGUUUCAUGGAUUCGGAAGCGGAGUCUGCGAAAGUUUGCCAGUACAGCUGGUCAACGAUAUCUUCUACAUCCACGAGCGGGGAAAGCGGAUCGGAUGCUAUACGAGCUACAUGCUUGCCGGUGGAUACUCCUGGCGACUAUUCUUCUACGUCGAAGCUGCCUUCGCCGGCGCCCUGCUGAUAAUGGCAUUCCUGUUUGUCGAAGAAUCUACUUACCACCGAGGCGAAAGCUCUCCAUCAACGACUUCUUCGUCAAAUUUUCUAAAAGCAGAAAUUGCCGAGAAGCCAGAGACACCUGUACAGCUAGAGAACGUAUCCUCAACAUCCGUUCCCCGACGUAAGACCUUCUUGCAGACGCUCAAACCAUGGAAUGCCGUCGAUCACGAACCUGAAUUCGUCAUGACAAUCCUCCGCUCAUUCACCUACUUCUUCGUACCCGUCGUAUUCUGGGUGAUCGCUACAUACGGUCUCUACAUCGGGCUCGGCGCACUCGCAUUCAACUAUACCUUCCCAAUUAAGAUUACGGCGCCGCCAUACAAUUGGAGCGAGCAUACCGUACAAAACGCAACAACGGCAUCCGCGAAGCCGAAAUGCGUCUCCCAGCCCUCUUUCCAGCCCUCCUCAUGUCCCCCCGCCGGCCUAAUCGUCUACGGCUUCACAGCCCAACGCAACCUCCACUGGACAGGAUACUUCGCCGGCGUCGCGAUGAAUCAAUUCGGGUCGUAUUUCUAUUUUACCUUUACGCUGGCUUAUGCGGUCGACUCGUACUACGCUAAUACUUCUGAGAUGUUGAUUGCCAUGAACCUGGGGAAACAGGCUAUUUCCUUUGGGAUGGGGUCGUAUUUGCUUGAUUGGAUUCUGUCGCGUGGGGAUUUUCUGUGGAGUUUUACUGGCGAAUAA